ACCAAUGGAGUUGUGUGGACAUGACACAUGGGAAUUUCUGACAUAUCUCUUCCCACUCUGACCUUGACAGACACAAUAAAAAGGGGCUUCACUGCACACACACAGCCACUCAGUCCUAAAACCAAGUGCUCUGGAGGCUUUGGUUCAACUCUUUUUGCUGCUGCCAAACUUUUUUCUUUCUACCAGGCAAGAUGUCUAUGUUAGAUAUGACCGAGUUUGGGGAGGCUGCUGAAUACCUCCGGAAAAGCUACACAGAGCAACUGAAGCUUCAAACCAUCCCAUUUGAUGGAAAGAAGCGAGCGUGGAUACCAGAUGAGAAGGAAGCCUACCUUGAGAUUGAAAUCAAAGAAUCCUCUGGUGGCAAAGUCAUCGUGGAAACCAAAGAUAAGCAAACUCGUGUUGUCAAGGAGGAUGACAUGCAGCAGAUGAAUCCUCCCAAGUUUGAUAUGAUAGAAGACAUGGCUAUGCUGACUCACCUAAACGAGGCCUCUGUGCUGUACAACUUAAAGCGCCGCUAUUCCCACUGGAUGAUCUAUACCUAUUCAGGAUUAUUCUGCGUCACUAUAAACCCAUAUAAGUGGCUUCCAGUCUACACUGCCCCUGUGGUAGCAGUCUACAAGGGAAAGCGGAGGUCUGAGGUCCCACCCCACAUCUACUCCAUUGCAGACAAUGCCUACAAUGACAUGUUGCGCAAUCGUGAGAACCAGUCAAUGCUCAUCACCGGAGAAUCUGGUGCUGGUAAGACUGUAAACACCAAGAGGGUUAUUCAGUACUUUGCCAUUGUCGCAGCCUUGGGCGACACACCAGGCAAGAAAACACAAGCUCCUGCCACUAAAACUGGGGGAACCCUUGAAGAUCAAGUCAUUGAGGCUAAUCCAGCUAUGGAAGCCUUUGGCAAUGCCAAAACCUUGAGAAAUGACAACUCUUCACGCUUUGGCAAGUUCAUCCGAAUCCAUUUUGGCCCCUCUGGGAAGCUGGCCUCUGCUGAUAUUGACAUAUACUUGCUGGAAAAAUCAAGAGUGAUUUUCCAGCAACCUGGAGAGAGAAGCUACCACAUCUACUACCAGAUCCUAUCUGGGAAGAAACCAGAGCUCCAAGACAUGCUGCUGCUCUCUCUCAACCCCUAUGACUACCACUUCUGUUCACAAGGUGUAACAACUGUGGACAACCUGGAUGAUGGCGAGGAACUCAUGGCUACAGAUCAUGCCAUGGAUAUCUUGGGCUUCAGCAAUGAUGAGAAGUAUGGCUGCUAUAAAAUAGUGGGAGCCAUCAUGCACUUUGGCAACAUGAAGUUCAAGCAGAAGCAGAGGGAGGAGCAGGCUGAAGCUGAUGGCACUGAAAGUGCUGACAAGGCUGCCUAUCUCAUGGGAAUCAGCUCAGCUGAUCUCAUCAAAGGGCUACUCCAUCCCAGAGUGAAAGUAGGAAAUGAGUAUGUGACCAAAGGUCAGAAUGUUGAACAGGUGGUGUAUGCAGUCGGGGCCUUGGCAAAAGCCACCUAUGAUCGUAUGUUUAAGUGGCUGGUGACUCGUAUCAACAGAACCCUAGACACCAAGCUGGCCAGGCAAUUCUUCAUUGGAGUGCUGGACAUUGCAGGCUUUGAGAUCUUUGAGUAUAACAGCUUUGAGCAGCUGUGCAUCAAUUUCACCAAUGAGAAACUGCAGCAGUUCUUCAACCACCACAUGUUUGUUCUGGAGCAAGAAGAAUACAAAAAGGAAGGCAUUGAGUGGGUCUUCAUUGACUUUGGCCUGGAUUUGCAAGCCUGCAUUGAUCUGAUUGAGAAGCCCCUGGGAAUCCUUUCCAUCCUGGAGGAGGAGUGCAUGUUCCCCAAAGCCUCUGACAUGUCCUUCAAAGCCAAGCUGUAUGACAACCACAUUGGAAAAUCGCCCAACUUCCAAAAGCCGCGGCCAGAUAAAAAGCGCAAAUAUGAGGCUCAUUUUGAACUGGUGCACUACGCUGGAGUGGUACCUUACAAUAUCAUUGGAUGGCUGGAUAAGAAUAAAGACCCCCUGAAUGAGACAGUGGUGGCUAUCUUCCAGAAAUCCCAGAACAAGCUUCUGUCUGCUGUAUAUGAGAAUUAUGUGAGUGCCACUUCAGAAGAUCCACCCAAGUCAGGAAUCAAGGAGAAGCGGAAGAAGGCAGCUUCCUUCCAAACUGUCUCUCAGCUGCACAAGGAGAACCUCAACAAGCUGAUGACUAACCUGCGUGCCACCCAGCCUCACUUUGUCCGCUGCAUCAUCCCCAAUGAAACUAAGACCCCAGGAGCCAUGGACCCCUUCCUGGUGCUGCACCAGCUGCGGUGUAAUGGUGUGCUGGAGGGCAUUCGGAUUUGCCGCAAAGGAUUCCCAAACAGAAUCCUCUAUGCUGAUUUCAAGCAACGCUAUCGUAUCCUGAAUCCUGCUGCUAUUCCUGAUGACAAGUUUGUGGACAGCAGAAAGGCCACAGAGAAACUGCUGAGCUCCUUGGAUCUGGACCACACACAGUUCAAAUUUGGUCACACUAAGGUGUUUUUCAAAGCUGGCUUGCUGGGCCAUUUAGAGGAGAUGCGAGAUGAGCGACUGGCCAAAAUCCUGACAAUGCUGCAGGCCAGAAUCCGUGGGCGGCUGAUGCGUAUUGAGUAUCAGAAGAUCAUCAGCAGGAGGGAUGCACUCUAUACCAUCCAGUGGAACAUUCGUGCUUUCAAUGUUGUUAAGAAUUGGUCCUGGAUGAAGCUCUUCUUCAAGAUCAAGCCCCUGCUCAGGUCAGCUCAGACGGAGAAGGAAAUGGCUACCAUGAAGGAGGAGUUCCAGAAGCUGAAGGAGGCUUUGGAGAAGUCAGAGGCUAAGAGGAAGGAGCUAGAAGAGAAACAAGUCACCAUGAUUCAGGAGAAGAAUGACCUGGCUCUCCAGCUCCAGGCUGAGCAAGACAACCUGGCUGAUGCAGAAGAGCGCUGUGACCUGCUGAUCAAAGCCAAGAUACAGCUGGAGGCCAAGGUGAAAGAGCUGACAGAGCGUGUGGAGGAUGAGGAGGAGAUAAAUUCAGAUCUGACCUCCAAGAAACGCAAGCUGGAAGAUGAAUGUGCUGAAUUGAAAAAGGACAUUGAUGACCUAGAGAUCACACUGGCAAAGGUGGAAAAGGAGAAGCAUGCCACAGAGAACAAGGUUAAAAACCUGAUUGAAGAAAUGGCUGCUCUAGAUGAGGUCAUUGCCAAGCUUACCAAAGAAAAGAAAGCACUGCAGGAGGCACAUCAACAGGCCCUAGAUGAUUUGCAGGCUGAGGAGGACAAGGUCAACACCCUGACCAAGGCCAAAGUCAAACUGGAGCAGCAAGUGGAUGAUCUGGAAAGUUCCCUUGAACAAGAGAAGAAGAUAAGGAUGGACCUGGAACGAGCAAAGCGCAAGCUGGAAGGGGACCUGAAGCUGACACAGGAGUCAGUGAUGGAUUUGGAAAAUGACAAGCAGCAACUGGAGGAGAAACUCAAAAAGAAGGACUUUGAAAUGAACCAGUUAAACUCAAGGAUUGAAGAUCAGCAGGUGCUUGAGGCACAGCUGCAAAAGAAAAUCAAAGAGCUCCAGGCCCGUAUUGAGGAGUUGGAGGAGGAGCUGGAGGCUGAGAGAGCUGCCAGAGCCAAGGUAGAGAAGCAGCGUGCAGAAGUGGCCCGAGAGUUGGAGGAGCUGAGUGAGCGGCUGGAGGAGGCUGGUGGUGCCACAGCCAUCCAGCUGGAAAUGAAUAAGAAGCGGGAGGCCGAGUUCCUGAAGCUGCGCCGGGACCUGGAGGAGGCAACGCUGCAGCAUGAAUCAACGGCUGCAGCCCUGCGCAAGAAGCACGCUGACUCGGUAGCUGAGCUGAGUGAGCAGAUCGACAACCUUCAACGAGUCAAGCAGAAGCUGGAGAAAGAGAAGAGUGAGAUGAAGAUGGAAGUGGAUGACCUAUCCUCCAACAUUGAGUACCUCACCAAGAACAAGGCAAAUGCUGAAAAGCUGUGCCGAACCUAUGAGGACCAGCUGAAUGAAGCCAAGUCCAAAGUGGAUGAGCUGCAGCGGCAGCUGGCUGACGUGAGCACCCAGCGAGCCAGGCUGCAGACAGAGAGUGGGGAGCUGAGCCGGCUCCUGGAGGAAAAGGAGUCUUUUAUCAACCAGUUGACCCGUGGGAAGACCUCAUUUACACAGAUGAUUGAGGAGCUCAAGAGGCAGCUAGAAGAAGAGACCAAGUCCAAAAAUGCCUUGGCGCAUGCCCUGCAAGCAUCUCGCCAUGACUGUGACCUCCUGCGGGAACAGUAUGAGGAAGAGGUAGAAGCCAAGAGUGAGCUCCAGAGGUCCCUGUCAAAGGCCAACGCUGAGGUGGCCCAAUGGAGAACCAAGUAUGAGACGGAUGCCAUUCAAAGGACAGAAGAGCUAGAGGAAGCAAAAAAGAAGCUGGCCAUCAGGCUGCAGGAGGCAGAGGAGGCUGUGGAGGCUGCACAUGCCAAGUGCUCCUCCCUAGAGAAGACUAAGCACCGGCUGCAGACGGAGAUUGAGGACCUGUCCAUUGACUUGGAGAGAGCCAACUCUGCAGCUGCUGCCCUGGACAAAAAGCAGCGCAACUUUGACAGGAUUAUUGCUGAGUGGAAACAGAAGUAUGAAGAGACCCAGGCAGAGCUGGAGGCCUCCCAGAAAGAGUCUCGUAGCCUAAGCACCGAACUGUUCAAGCUCAAGAAUGCCUAUGAGGAGUCCCUGGACAACUUGGAGACCCUCAAACGAGAGAACAAAAACCUGCAAGAGGAGAUUGCUGACUUGACAGAUCAGAUCAGCAUGAGUGGCAAGACCAUCCAUGAGCUGGAGAAGCUGAAAAAGACCCUGGAGUGUGAGAAGAGUGAGAUCCAGGCUGCCUUGGAGGAGGCUGAGGGGGCACUGGAACAUGAAGAGAGCAAGACCCUGCGAAUCCAGUUGGAGUUGAACCAGGUCAAGGCUGAUGUGGACAGGAAACUAGCAGAGAAGGAUGAGGAAUUUGAGAACCUGAGGCGUAACCACCAGCGUGCCAUGGAUUCCAUGCAGGCCACGCUGGAUGCAGAGGCUAAAGCUAGGAAUGAGGCCAUCAGGCUGAGGAAGAAGAUGGAGGGAGACCUGAAUGAGAUGGAGAUACAGCUGAGCCAUGCCAACCGCCAGGCUGCUGAGGCCCAGAAGAUGGUUCGGCAGCUCCAGUCUCAAAUCAAAGACCUGCAGAUUGAACUGGAUGACACCAUGCGCCAUAAUGACGACCUCAAGGAGCAGGCAGCAGCCCUAGAGAGGCGCAACAACCUGCUGCUGGCAGAGGUGGAGGAGCUGCGGGCAGCACUGGAGCAAGCUGAGCGGGGCAGGAAGCUGGCUGAGCAGGAACUGCUGGAGGCUACUGAGAGAGUGAAUCUGCUUCAUUCACAGAACACAGGCCUGAUUAACCAGAAGAAGAAGAUGGAGGCAGACAUUGCCCAACUCACCACAGAGGUGGAAGAGGCUGUGCAGGAAUGUCGCAAUGCAGAGGAGAAGGCCAAGAAAGCAAUCACAGAUGCAGCCAUGAUGGCAGAGGAACUGAAGAAGGAGCAGGACACAAGUGCCCACCUGGAGCGGAUGAAGAAGAACAUGGAACAGACCAUCAAGGACCUGCAGAUGCGCCUGGAUGAGGCUGAGCAGAUUGCCCUCAAAGGAGGCAAGAAGCAGAUCCAGAAGCUGGAGGCCAGAGUGAGGGAGCUGGAGGGGGAGCUGGACACUGAGCAGAAGAAGACAGCUGAGGCCCAGAAAGGCAUCCGCAAGUAUGAGAGGAGGAUCAAGGAGCUGACCUACCAGACUGAGGAGGACAGAAAGAACCUGGCCCGGAUGCAGGACCUGAUUGACAAACUACAGACCAAAGUCAAGAGCUACAAGCGCCAGUAUGAGGAGGCAGAGCAGCAGGCUAAUUCCAACCUGGUGAAAUACCGCAAGGUACAGCAUGAACUGGAUGAUGCAGAGGAGCGAGCUGACAUUGCUGAGACGCAGGUCAACAAGCUGCGUGCCCGCAGCAGGGAGGUGGUCAUCACAUCGAAGGUACUGAAGACUGCAAGCUUAGAUAUUGGUGUUAGGCUUCCAGACAUAAGCAGCGUUGUAAAUACAUCUUCAGAUGGGAAGUAUCCACAGAAAGGACAGCAGCAGAAGCAGAGACGUCCAAGUAGAACACCACAGUCAAACAGAUGAUGGCCAAAGAGAUUUUGAUGCUGAUGAGACAGUAUUUCCAACACAGAACAAAUACCCCCUCCUCUGACCAGACAACAGAAGAGCACAUGGGAUCUCCAGUUCAAGAAAUAGGACAAUGCUGCGUUAGACCCUACAACAAUCCUACUAAAUAUGCUUUGAGACUGACAGGAAGGGGAUGGGUAAAUUCCAUAGCCAAAUACCUACAAAACAGAGACAGUACAAUGAAGAAACAAGAUCCCUGAUGUGUGUGCUGUCGUGUCACAGGUAAUCAUUAGCCAACCCCAUUAAAGUUCUGCAGGCCAACAGAGCACCUGCAAGUUCAUCUGCUACUUCAUAUGCAGGCAAGUUAAAAUUAUCCAGGAGACUUAACCAGAUCUUUUCCAGGGAAUCCCUAAGUGUGUUCCUCUUUCUGAAUGCCUAACUUAACAUGUUGAUGUGUAGUAUGCAAAACUGUUGCUGUCAAGCUCAGUAACUGAACUCCAAGGAUGUCAUGCUUUAAACAGGAAGCACUAACACAGUACACUACAAAAAUAUCAAGUAUCUCUAAAUGGGCACCAUAUUUGUUUACUUCUAAUCUUAACUUUUAUGUACUUUAGUUCAACAUCUAUGAAGUGGGGUUACCACCUAGUCACCCUACCGGGGUGCUGUGAGAAACUGAGCAACUCGUAAAUGAAUGGGACUAGGUGAGGCACAACACAGAAGGGGGGCAUGAGAAACCCGUACAUAGCUUUGGCCCCUGCCAGACAUGGGUAAAGAUGCGAAGGGAUCUGAUGCGUGAUUCACAAUCAUGCUUCCUGUCACGGCACACAUGCAUGGCAGGAGAUGCAAUUGUGAGAUCAUACAUCAUAUCCCAUCACACCUUAAUGCUGGUGCAGGGGGAACCCACGAUCACAAUCCCAGGUUCCCCCUGCACUGCCAAGUAGCAAGCUCCCAUCGCUGGGACCCCAGGCCUCCUAGCUGUUGGGGCACACCUGACCAAAUGUUCAAUUAAUGGAGCAACAGAAAGAAGCUAAAAAGUUAUUAGACUUUUUUGGGGAAUAAUUGUGUGGCUUAUUCCUUGUUUUAUCACACCAUUAUUUGAUUGUGCAGCCAGGUCACAAUUUAAGACGUGAUUAACUGGUUAAACUCCUCUUAAGUGUGACAUGGGGUAGGGGUCUUUGGAAUACAGUCUACACUGGAAAAUAAAUACAGUCUAGUGUUAAGCCACUGACAGAACACAGAGUGGUGUGGUGGGGGGCAGGGGGGAAGGGAGGAAUAAGAAAUAGAUGUUAAGUCACUCCUAUAUCAAAUGGGGUAGGGAUCCAGUGGAAAAAAUAGCAUGUGAUCAUGUAGUUUAAGACUUCUUAUGCAUAUAUGUUAGGAUAAAUUAAUGCUGGCAUUUUGUAAUAUUUAGGUAGGUGACUGUGUGACCUUAAUAUUAAAAUGGUGUGGGAAAUUGCCUAGGAUUUUUAGAAACAGGGGAGGGGGGAUUCCAUCAUGUGACCUCCAGACCUCACAAUGAUCAUCAAGAAGGUUGGAACCUCAGGUUCACCAUACAGACUUCUCCCACUUGAACUGACAGAGCAGUAGACUGCACCACGAAGGAGGAUGGAACAGUCUGUCAAUGCAUUUUGUUCUGCUGACAGCAGAGCAGUGGCAAGACUUAGGAAGCAUUCUUCAGUGGGCACAGACUCCAGUGACUACCAUCCUCCAAACCUAAUGCUUUCUGCCUCAUUCCCUCAAACAUACCGCUAUCUCCUGUCUCUUCCAACCCCAAUUCCUUGGUUCUGUUCUCACCCCAGCUCAUCUGAUCCGUCUCCUCCACUUACCUUUUCCUGUCCCGUUUCCCUCCUGCUCCUCAGUCCCAAUCUCUCUGCCAACCCAAAAUCAAGCAUUGCCCAACUUCUAUAUCAGUCUUCCUAAUCAAAUCUAUUCUGACCACAAGUUGAGUGGGAGCCCCUCUUUUCCUUUCUGCAUUCGAAUCAGGUUGAUUCCCCUUCUGUGCUGCAUGGGCCUGGAAGAGGGUCAGUGAGACCACAGGUAAGAGAUUCCUGAACCUAGCACUGUCCAUAGAAGCCUGGAACUUGAACUGCAGUUGCAAGGAAUGUCCUGAGAAUCUCAAGUUGGUGCAAGCCCAGUGUAAAUGGCAACCUUAAGGAUGAUAGCAGUUAGAAAACUGAGCACACCCAAAGUUAUGAGUCAGGGCUGUUGGAGUCAAUAAUGACUCCAAGAUCCUUUUCUGCCUCUGUGCUCUCAAGAAGGGAGUUUCCCAUCUUAUGUCAACUUAGCAAAAAUGUCAAUUUAGCCAAAAUGACCCAAUCAGGGUCAUAUUUGCUCAUGGUUCUUAGUCCAUUUCUUAUUAGGUGCUGGGAAGCCUGGAUUACUGGUAAUAUGGGGAGAGAGGGAGAAAGGAAGGGAUGUCUGCUUGUCAAGUUUCCAUGUGUUUAUAUUUCCAUUUAGAAGAGACAUCUCUGUGGGUACUGUAUUUGGUGAAAGCUUAAUUAAAAAAAUACAUGCUAUUUUUAAGCAGCCUUUGAGCAUUCACCUGUUUCACUUAUACUUUAAAGUAAUUUAACUGAAGAACAUGCUUUAAAAGAUGGUAUUGUUGGUCUAAUAAAAGGUAGCAUCUCUACUACAAGUCCUGAUUGCCUUUUCCUCUAGACCAAUAUGGCUACGAUUUGGAUACCUGACACAUGAAAGA